AUGGCGAGAGUCGGAGCUUCAGAGUGCGGCACUUCAGGCCCAAAGAAGUGCACAUUUAAGUGGACAGACGAACUUACGUUCACAUUCAUCCGGAUUAGGGCAGAAAAGGAAACCCUUUUUACUGGCUACAGGAAUGCAGCAACGCAGGGCUACGAGGAGAUCAUCAACUUGAUGGAUUUGACAGGAAAGAGCAGAGGUGUUUGUGCCCCUGGCUCUGGGCACAGCUCCAUCUGCUGA